AGCUUGGUUUCUUUACCUUCCUUACCUUUUCCUGCAUCUUUCUGAGGCUGUGCGUGUAAAACCAGCUCGGACACGACAGGCUAUAUUCCACGCAAAUAAUCAUAGUUUUUUUUGUGGGUUAUACAUUGCCAAUCUACAGAAACAUAUGCAACAUUAUGAGAUGAAUACAAAAUAAUGGUGACCAGUCCGAAUGAAGUGGAAAGUAUAUCUUCAGCGUAAGCAAGGGAGAUCCUUACGAUAUUGUCAGUGCGACCACCUAUCACACACCUCCCCCCUAUCCACACACACAAGGGGCUUGUGUCUGUUGAAUGAAAUGUUGUUACUUUGGGUAUGUGGGUUAUAUUGUUGUAAUGUCAAAGAAACACACAUCGAUUCAUAGACUAAUUCAACAUGACGAUGAAGAUGAUGAAUAAUAAAAUAAAUAAACCCCAUCACAAUUAUCAGUUAAAUUCGACAAACUAGUGGGCGAUGGAAGCUUAUCAUCAGCCAUUUAGUCAACGACAUCUCCAUGUGGAACUGCCUCAAGGCCUUGAAGGCAACCAUUAACGUAAUAUGUACUGAGAUGAUAAACACGGUGAUGUGUAUUUCUGCUCCAGCAGAUAGUCAGAAAUUGCCAUACGCUUCAGUGAGUGUUGAAUAUGCAAAAGCCCUCCGCCGCAAACGCGCCUUCAGCCUGACAGUUUGAUGGCUGUGGUGGAAUAAGCUCAGAUAAAAGACACUAGUUUCACAGAAGCAUCAUCGUAGGAUUAUACGCAAGUGUCACUCAUAACACCAAUUAUGUGUCCGCUCCUUUUAUGUACCAAGGCACGAGUACUAGUCUAAACUAGUGAAUCUCUUCUACCCGUGCCGUGGUCCAUAGAAGGAGCAGACCCAUAAUUAGUGUUAUGAGCUACACUAGUGUUUGUACUACGAUGACGCCUCUCACACAUGAACUCAUCAAAGGCUUGAAAAGUGUCUUCUCCGUUAUUUGCAGAGAUCCCACUGAGUCUCCCUGAUUUGACAGGUCCAGCUAAUCAUUAAAGCGAUACUGUAUGUGUUUUGGCAUCACUCCGCUUGCUGAAAGAUACUUGCUGGUGACUGUUUAUUGAGGCUGGUAUGUUUGGCAUGAGACUCAGGCUUCGUCCAUAACAUCACAAGACAUGAAAGGAGCGCUGAGAAAUGAGUGAGCUGACGUAUGCAUGACAACCCCCCCAUCUAUCAACACACAACUCCAACGGUCUCUUUAGUCAAUCCAAGAAUCCCCACUCAUUAUGAAGACCAAGUAUGCCAUCGUCUUCAUCUUUAUCGUGGCCCUGGUCAUCAUCGAGAAGGAGAGCAACAUACUGUCAAGAACUCUCAAUAGGGUGUCCGAUAAGCUGACCCAGAGGCAGACUCCAUUGCAGACGUCAUCCAGCCCCAUGUACGAAAACGAAACGACCCAAAAUGCCCUCGCUGACGACCAGGACCCGAGAGAUAGAGCUAUGGGAAACUACAACGCCAGCGACCCACACAAGCACAUCCUGCUCAUGGCCACCACCCGGUCGGGCUCCUCGUUUGUGGGGGAGUUCUUCAACCAGCACGGCGGGAACAUGUUCUACAUGUUCGAGCCCCUCUGGCACAUCGAGCGCAAGCUGGCCGACGCGGCAGAGAGCGGGAACGUCACGGGGUUGACGGAGAUGUACCGGGACGUUCUCCAGGGGCUCUUCCUGUGUGACUUCGGCUCUCUGGAGAGGUACAUCUCGCCGGCUCCUCAGGACCACGUCACCGCAGCGCUGUUCCGUAGAGAGUCCAGUUCGUCGCUCUGUGAAAAGUCGGUUUGCUCCCCCUUCGUUAAGGACAUUUUCGAGAGGUACCACUGUAGGACCCGCCGUUGUGGCCCACUCAACCUGACCCUGGCGGCCGAGUCCUGCCUGUCGAAGAAACACCACGCCAUCAAAACCGUGCGCGUGCGGCAGCUGGAGACGCUCCGGCCCCUGGUGGAGGACCCGCGCCUGGACGUCAUGGUGAUCCAGCUGGUCCGAGACCCGCGGGCCGUCCUGGCGUCCCGCAUGGUGGCCUUCUCGGCCCAGUACCAGACGUGGAACUCCUGGGCGCAGGAGGGCGACGUGCCCGAAGACGUGGAGCAGGUGAAGCGCUUCAAGGGAACCUGCGACCAGAUCAGGAUGUCGGCGGAGCUGGGCCUGGGUCUGCCCAGCUGGCUAAAGGGACGCUACAUGCUGGUGAGAUACGAGGACAUCGCGCACUUCCCCAUGCAGAAGGCGGAGGAGAUGUACAAGUUCACCGGGAUCCCGUUCAGUCCCCAGGCCAAGAACUGGAUCCUUAAGAACACCCAAACCACCAGGGGGGCGAGCGGGGUCUACUCCACGCAGAAGAACUCCUCGGAGCAGGCGGAGAAGUGGCGGUAUCGCAUCCCCUUCAAGCUAGCCCUGGUGGUGCAGAAGCUGUGUGGACCCGCCAUGAAGAUGUUUGGGUAUAAGUUUGUGGAUAGCGAGACGGCGCUGCUGAACAGGUCCCUGAGUUUGCUGGAGGAGAGACGGUUUGGCUUCUCACAGGAUUGACCAAUCAAUGAUCAAUGAUCAAUCCUGUGAUCAAUCUCACAGGAUUGAUCCUAGGACCAAACAGGAUGUAGGACGGUUAGCAACAGGGAAGGAGAUUGAGGUGGAUUUUGUGCGUACCAAGGUGUAGGUAAACAAGGGUCGGACGAUGAACUGCAUUACUGACUCCGACUGGAUAUUUUUGGAUCGUAUUUAACUUUUCAUUUGACCAUGAAAUGCAAAGAAAUUAAAGCUUUGUCGUUUCGUGCCUCAUGUAAACAUAAGGGAUGUAGUGCACUUGAAGACCAGUUCAUGUUUUAAAUGGGAAACUUGGAAAAAGAAGAUAAGUAUUUAUUGUGAGAUUUUAAGCUCUUUUAUCAGUCUAUAUUUUAUAUGAUUAGGCUUGAGGAGUCGCUUUCAGUGCUGAGUGAAACCGUAACCGCACCGCGACCGCCACAUGUCCAAAGCCCUGGAGGCUCUUCGUCGGAGCGGUUAAAUGGUCAGGUAACUCUAUUCGCUUGGAGAUAGUCAGGUUUACCGUACCAAGUUUGAAAUAUUUUUUUUUAAGUCAUACACGAAUCAGGAUGGAUACGUUUGGGUGUACAAUAGAUUACAAGGUUGGUCAGGCGAAAGGGUUAAAAAGGGAAUCUUAAACUUAUACCCAAAGGUAAAAGACAGGUCAAUAUGACGUGAUCUCUACGUCAAUUCCAUUUAUCCGACACCGUAGUGAAUUCAUUUGUAUUAAUGCAGAUGUAUUGGUAGAAAUAUCUUAACAUAGAUUGUAUUGUAAUCAGAGAGCGUUGUCAUUCGACUAAACUAUUGUAUGUUUAAUUGCAACACCUUUCAAGGGACUGAUGUUUGUUUGUAAUUUGGUUGUGUAUGUGUGUCUGGGUUUGUGUCUGUGAGUGUUUGAGUAAGAGAUGAAGAAAGGGAGGUUUUAUCGAUGUGCACUAAAAUAGGAUGAUAGUAUAUAGUAACAAUUUUAACAAAUGUUAGAGGUCAGACCAGCGUUAUUCUGCACAGGAACCCGAUACCUAAGCCAUAUACAAAUCUAUAUCCCAGACGUUAUAUUUUCCUAUUCCAAAUAUAGAAUACACACAUCCUAUAACAUUAGGGUAGCCUUUACGUCCAUUGAACUGUAAGAUCUCCGUAAAAUGCAGCUACUGUAUAGCUUGAAGGUGAAUGUAGGUCCUGUCAAGGCCAGCCCUCAGAGCAGCUCUUUUAUGGUAUAUGAAGGUAAGCACUGUGAUUUCCCUUCAAUGGCUGCUUUAUCUUCAGCUUGGCUGAGGCUCCGCCGAAACUGCUGUGCUAGUAUUGCUAUUUGAUAUGUGUGACACGUGAAUACAGUGAGCUUCUACUCCUUGUAGCAUUUUCAAGAACAGCAAGACACUUUAAGCAAGGUUUUCGCAACCACGUAAUCACAAAAGCCUACUGUAUAUGACACUUACUAAUACUGCAAUAAUAAUAUAACGGAGAGAGAGAAAGUUGGCGUGAGUCGUCCUUUCCUGUUCCUUUUUUAAGCAUUUCCUGACUGUUUCCUUCGUUCGAAAAAAAUUCUAGUCAUCCACCCCAUGAAUAAAGUACUUUGGUGUUCUGUGUGUAGUGUAUAGCACACUUUCAUAAAAGGAUAAUUUGAAGUGUAUGUGUGUAUGUUAUUCCCCAGCUCUGUGAAUUAAGAAAGUUAGCCUACCAAGAAGUGCCCAGUGUGUAGGCCUCAUUCUGUACAUGGGUGUAGUACUGGUACAGUCUCACCGGGGAUCAGUGUUCUGUGUCGUUUAAAGUUCCUCCGCCUAAAGUUGUGUGGGAAAGAGCAGAGGCAAAAAACAGUGCCUCCAUUCAUGCGUGCAUCCAUUCUGUUUCAUUCCCUGCCACCCAGAGUUCACAGCUGUUGUUCUCAGACUCUGUUCCUUAAUGCUAGUCGAUCUCCAUAGCAACAUAGCGUGAUGCAGAUGUUUCCACAAAGUCGUCAUUGGUGACUUGGGAUUUUUCAGACCGGCAACAGCUGCAAAAACCCCAUCAAUAUUUCUACUUCAAGGUUUUAAACUCACACCCACAAUAAUCAUUCACAAUUUGUGCCAUUUCUUUUGGCAUAGGCCUACAUUAUUUUACAAAUUAUAGACCUACAAAUGUACACACAGAAAAGUAUUAGUUGUUAGAUAAUUGGUAAUUUUGUUAGGUUGCAAUAUAAUAUUGUUUGGAUGUACAUCAAUGAUGCUAAUAAUUAGCUUCAAGAUAAAAAUGGCAACAAAACAGAUUAUUUUCGAAUUAUGUUACAGGGUGCUGUUGCCAUGACAACAGCAAACGCAGUUAUCUGUUGCUAGCUAACGGUUUAACAACACAAAUGUUAUAAAGAUGUAAUAGGCCUACAACAAAACAAUACAACCAACAUAUUAGUAUACAUUGUAAUGUUACAUCAUGGUGACUUGAAACCCACCUAAUCGCAAUACACCUCUCCAAAAAUAACAUGGAAGAUAGGUGUGAGAAAUGCCAUGAAACAAAAAUUCUCUGCAAAGUGUAACCCAAACACCUCGGGAAGUAAUGUGUAAUGUGUUGGACCUCAGAGGUGGAGGGGAAAACCAUUUUGUCUAUGUAAGCCACCAUACAGUGGCUUACAGUACUCAUAAGAGAAGGCCUACCUCGAUUCAGUCAUGUGUAAGAUACAAUACUCUGAAACCAGAAUGACCGGAAAAAAGAAGGGUGGCCUUUAUGAGGAGCAAGUUGAUGUCCAUUUUUUAAUAAUUAUCAAGUAACUACUUGUUGUUGUUGUUGUUGUUGUUGACAAACCAAAUAAAAAAACCUCUGUUGGUGCCUUAAUGUACUGCUUUUGAGUGGCCAAACUCAUUUAUUUUAGUAAGACUUGGCUGUUAGAGUGUUGGUGUUCAUAACUGAAACAUGGUCUUUCAUUACUGCAAUGCACAUUCCCGAAACACAACAUAUUUUACCAAUAUUCCAAUGACACUUAAACAAUAGACACA